GGUUUUCCUUCUUUAAGUUUUUUUUUUUCACUCACUUCAACUGAAUCAAACGUCUUUUUUUAUAAUCAUGAAUUCUUUCUUUUCAAGCGUUCUUCCUCCUCCUGAAGAUCCCGUUCUCAGUGUAUAUUUUGCUAGUAGAGAUGAUCCUAGCCCGGUUAAGUUGAAUUUGAGCGGCGGUUCCUAUCGAACUGAGGAAGGAAAACCUCUGGUUCUCGAGGUGGUGAGAAAAGCAGAGCAGCAGUUAGCGAAUGAUAUGUCUCGGAAUAAGGAAUAUCUUCCACUUGAUGGACUUGCUGAUUUUAACAAUCUGAGCGCCAAACUCAUCUUAGGUGCUGAUAGUCCUGCAUUGGAGGAGGAUAGAGUUGUUACAAUCCAGUGUUUGUCUGGUACUGGUUCUCUGAGAGUUGGAGCCGAGUUUUUAGCAAAACACCACCAAGAACGUGUCAUUUUCGUUUCAAACCCAACUUGGGGGAACCAUCCCCUAAUUUUCAAUUUGGCGGGUUUGUCUGUAGAAGUUUACCGUUACUAUGAUCCAAAAACCCGAGGACUCGACUUCAAAGGCAUGCUCGAAGAUCUUAGCGCUGCACCUUCUGGUGCCAUAGUGGUAUUGCAAGCUUGUGCGCAUAAUCCCACAGGAGUGGACCCAACAUUGGAUCAAUGGGAACAGAUUCGAAAAUUAGUGAGAUCUAAAAGCUUGUUACCAUUCUUUGAUAAUGCAUAUCAGGGUUUUGCUAGUGGUAGCCUUGACAUUGAUGCAAAAGCGGUUCGUAUGUUUGUUGCUGAUGGAGGUGAAUGUUUUAUAGCUCAAAGUUUUUCCAAAAACAUGGGUCUUUAUGGGGAGCGUAUUGGCGCUCUAACUAUUGUAUGCACCUCAAAAGAUGUGGCUAGGAAUGUUCACAGCCAAGUGUUACUUGUUGUGAGACCAAUGUAUCUUAGCCCACCUAUUCAUGGAGCAUCAAUUGUUACCACAAUUCUUAAAAACAGUGAUAUGUACAAGGACUGGACCAUUGAGCUGAAAGGAAUGGUUAGCCGCAUAGUUAGCAUGCGCCAACAGUUAUAUGAAGCUUUACAAGCUAGAGGCACACCAGGUGAUUGGAGUAACAUUAUCAAACAGAUUGGGAUGUUUUCUUUUACCGGAUUGAAUGAGAAGCAAAUUCGCUUCAUUGCCAAAGAGUAUCACAUUUACAUGACCUAUGAUGGGAGGAUAAGUAUGGCAGGUCUAAGUUCAAAGACAGUGCUAAUUCAACUCGCUGAUGCUAUACAUGCUGCAAUUACCCAAAUCGCCUAAAUCUUGCGAUUUGGUUCUUUGUUUGUUUUAUGAGAUCAUUGAAAAAAAAAAAAAAUUAAACCUCCUUGAGGACAUGUUAAGAU